AAGUUACUUAUCAGAUUUGAUUAAUCUGUACGCUCCGUCAAGAGCACUAAGGUCUGCUGACCAUUUGCUCUUAGCUGUUCCAAGAGAGAGACUGAAGAGCAGGGGGGACCGAGCCUUUGCAGGUGUGGCCCCAAAGCUCUGGAACAGUUUGCCUCUCUAUAUUAGGCAGGCUCAAACACUUGAGGUCUUUAAAUCUGCCCUAAAAACUUAUUUUUACAGUCUGGCAUAUGAUGCCAUGUGAGAGCUGCUUGCUUUCUUUUAUUGUUUUAUUGUGUCUUAAGUAUUUUUCUUUUAUUGGUGUGUUUGUAUUAAUAAACCAUGUGUUCUUUCUGUAUGUACAGCACUUUGACAAACACUUGUUGUUUAAAAAGAAAGUGCUUUAUAAAUAAACUUGACUUGACUUAUGGGCAAAGCAUUUACACUAGGUUGGCAUAAUGAUUAACAAACUUAGUCUCAUUAUGCUUGAUAGUAACAAGUUCACAAUUCUUAGUGUGAACCUAGUGAACAUUUGGCUGAAUGGAGAUGCUUGAAAAGACAAAACAUUUCUACAGUUUUCAAUUGUACUUAUAAAAUAUAUCUAGAUAACUAUCAUCAUUGCUGGAGGAUGACUCUCACCCCCUGUAUGAAACGGUUUCAGCUCUGAGCAGCUCCUUCAGUGACAGACUGUUACAUCCUAAGUGUCCGAAGAAGCGAUACAGACGGUCUUUUCUCCCUGCUGCUAUUAGACUGUACAAUCAAAGCUGCUCCCAGUGAACCAGUCACCAUAAUUACACACUGUAUUACAGUUUAACUGCAAUAAUAAACAAUAACAAAGUAAAAUAUUUUGAAAAACAUGUGCAAUAUUACCUAUGGGCAAUAAGUCUGUUAGUGUAACUACUUACACGUGGUCUCUUUUUAUACAUUUUGUUUUCUAUAUACUGUAUAUUAUGAUAUGUCUCUAUUCUUUUUAUAUAUUUGCAUUUUCUUACUCUUUGCUGCUGUAACAGAAAUUUCCCCAUUGUGGGACGAAUAAAGAACAUUUAAGAAUCAAUGGCAUUCCAAAUACAUUCCUUUCCUGUUGAAGUUACGCCAAGGAAAACACAUCGGUUAAUACAGUGCAUUGUUGACAACAAAGCAAAGAAAUUAAAGAAACUUGUUAGUAAAUCCGAUAUUAAUGGACUGUACUCUUCAGCAAUCUGGAAUGAUGAUGUUUCCCUCCUGUCUGCAGCAGUUAAAUGUGGGAAUGAAGAGAUUUUUAACUUUCUACUGAAAGAAAACGCUGAUCCCAACAUACUAUCCACAAAUCGCCUAACAUCUCUGCACUAUGCUGCAGAUACUCCAGGAGUUCCACUGAAUAUUGUGAGAAGAUUAAUAGCUGCAAAAGCUAAUCCAGAUGGUCAUCAACAACAACCAUUUACACCAUUACAGUUUGCUGCCAGGAAAAACAGACUGGAUGUGAUUGAAGCACUUAUAAAAGCUGGUGCAAACCCUGAAAGAAAUUACAGGAUGGGAUUUGUGGAUUUGGAUGAAAAAGUAGAGAAUCUUAUUAAUAGAUUACCUGCAGGAAAUGAAGCUGUAGAAAAAUGCAAAAUGUUUUUCACUUUUGCUGCUAUGGUUCCCAGAAAAACUCAGCCAGAGGUUUUUAACUUCUGUAGGGAACAUUUUUUUGAGGAGCAUCCUUGUACCCAUAUGCUACUUUUUGAAAGUUAUUUUAAUGCUGUGGGCCCAUCAGCAGAACAGUAUCAACAGAGUAGCACAAAGUGGUUGAAAAACUCAAUGAAAACAGAGAUCUACAUCAACGGAUUCAUUGAGCGCUUUCCCAGAAUUCCUGAUAAACAUAGGAUAAUGCCACUUAACAGCUUACAUGCUGUAAUAUGCAUGAUGAGAGAAAUUUCCCCUCAAAUAUUUAACACGAUCGUACCCAUUUUGAUCGAAUGUUUACUGCCAACAGUGCAGGGAAAUGUGUUCAGCCACUUAAUACUAAGUAUUCUUUAUGUGACUAUGGACAAGUGCUCAAAGCAAAAGCCUGCUGCUGAAAGUCUUCACUCUGAUGUGCUUGAAAAGUUAUGCAAUGCACUUAUGCCUUUCACCAAUCCUAACUAUUCAACCGAGGUCAGCAUUCUUACUUACUGUUUAUUUGCUGACCUACACAAGUUUGUCCCAGAGCACAUUAACACAUGUGGAGUAACCUCAGUGCCUGAAAGAGUUCUUCUUGCUAUAGCUAUACAACCAGAUAAUCAUAUUAAAGAUAAAAUCCACAAACUGGACACAAAUCUCAGAAAUCCCCAAAACUCAAGCCCUGUCGAUUGCUUGGGUGAGGCAGCAGACAGCAUGCCAUUAAAGAAGAAAAAACAGAAAGACAAUCAACAAGACACUAUCUCAAAAGAAGAUUCUGAUACUGCAAAAACAUCAGUUCAGGAGUCCAGUGUGCAUCCAUAUACAACACACACUGAGGAUUUACCAGUUAUAAGAAAUUGGCUUUCAUUGAGCCAACAUUGGAAGCCCAAGCUAGAGAAGCUUGCUAACCUACCAGCAAGUAAGGUUUAUCACCUGGGGAAUCUUACAAUUGGCAAGGGUUCUGAAUUUGAGAUCGCUAAAGGAAGUGAUGGAACUUAUGUUUUUCUUGGUCUGAGAGAUGAUGGCACUGAGGUAGCUGUCAAACGAAUGUACAGGUCCGAAUAUCAAGACCUCAGAAAUGAAGAGCAAUUUUUACGGCUUCCUCAGCUUGAUAAUCCAUGUAUUGUGCGCUAUGUGGACUUUGCAGAGGAUGAACAAUUUGGAUAUCUUGCUCUUCAACUUUGUGAAUACACACUGGACGAAUACAUUAAAGACCAUUUGCCAGAAGACACUUCUCACAUCCUGAAGAAAAUUGUAAAAGAAGUUCUUUAUAGCUUAAAUGCUCUUCAUGGCCAUGACACCAAUGUGCUUCACCGAGAUAUCAAACCUCAGAAUGUUCUGAUUGAUAUAACCGGAAAGGCAAGACUAGCUGAUUUCGGCAUAAGUCGAAGACUGAAGUUGGGGGAGACGACUUGCCGCACUAAUCCUGCUGGAACAAAGUGCUGGAAAGCCAGAGAGACACUUGAAGAGGACAUUAACAGUGGCUACAAGAGGAGUUCUGACAUUCAGGUGGCAGGAAUGUUAAUAUAUUACAUCCUCUCCCGUGGACAUCAUCCAUUUGGCACAGGCCCUCGAUGUGAGUGUAACAUUCUUGAUGGGAAGUACUCUUUGGAAGACGUGGAGGAUGAACUGGCAAAGGACCUGGUGAAGUGGAUGAUCAGUCAUGAACCAAAGGACAGACCUAAAGUAGAGGAAACCCUUCGCCACCCAUUCUUUUGGCCAAAUAAAGAUAAAUUGGACUACUUAGACAAGCUGGGUAAUGAAAAGGAAGUAGAAAACUGCCGCAACGCUGCCCCAGACCUCCUUUCUGCUAUAGAGGCUGUUACAGCAGGGAAAAGUUUCUUAGACUGGAAAACAAAAUUACCUGCUGAGCUUGUGCAAAAAUUGGAUGGUAGGAAAAAGACCUACCCAGAGAACACACUUGGUCUGCUGCGCUUCAUAAGGAAUCUGCAUCAGCAUUACUCUGAUGAUGCCAAGAAUUUAAAUUUGAUGACGUUAUUCCCUGACCUUUUUGAAACUGUUUUCAUGUUUGCCAAAACGAGAGGGUGGACCACUGCGAUGGAAUUUAUGCUUGAGAUACCGGAGACAUGAUCACUAUCAAAAUGCACAAUUAUGUCUCCACUGUCAUUGUGAUUUGUUUGAUACAUAUUAAUUCAUUGUUAAUAUUUUUUUUAUAUUUACAUUAGUCAUGAUAAUGUUUUAUUAAAAUAUCACGUUAGUUUUAUACAUGCUGCUGUGAUUACUACAUACACACUGUUUAAUAAGCUGGCACCAGUUGACCUUCUGCUAACUUUUAAUGGUGAAGGGAACCCAUUAUGAACAUGCACUCAUUAUAUACUUUGUAUAUAGAAAUUAUCUGGUGCUGGACAUCUCUAUUCAUAUUUUUUCAACCAGAGUUUUUUCUUAGUUCCCAGUUACUUUUUUAUAUUUCUUAAUUCUGUAGUUCUUAUGGAGGUGAUGUCUAUCGAUCUCUGCAAUUUUUUACAAAAAUUGUAAUCGUUAUUAAGGGCAUUUAACAAACUUCAUUUUUGAUAUAAAAUGGCAUUAAGGAUUUGAUGUAAACAAGAUUUAUAACAUUUCUAUUUAUACCAUUGUGUAAUUGAAAGUCUAACUGAAAAAUAAAUCCAGGAUUUUGUGAUCACAAAUUUAAUGCUAAACCAGGCUAAAUCUCCGAUAGUUGGUUGAAAUUUUUGAUAUUGAGGUUGAAAUUUUAAAAAAUUACAGCAGAUUUGGGCCAAGACAUGUCAUUAGACAUUAUAACAACAGCCAAAACGCGCUUUGAUUCACAAGCAUAAAAACACACGGCUAAAGCCUACAUACAGCCUUCAUACAAGGUAACUUCAAAUGUGUUAUUCACUUUCUCGUUAUCUGUAUUACAUAUUGCCCUGUCAUGGCAUAUGUUUAUGAUUACGAGUAAGUCGUAUGAAAUCUUAUUUUGGGUUUGCAAAAGUCAAGCUGGAGACAUUUGUUACCCCUUACACUGAUAACCAUCAGCAAAGCAUGAUGAGCAUUAUCUUCUGCUAUCACACAGCAGUUUUACUGUUUUGCAUGAGAUAUUUAUUUUGUCUGUGGACUUUCCUUUUUCUUUUUAUAAUAAAUACUUUUACCAUAAGUAGGUAAAACCUUUGACAUAUUAAAAAAGCCCCAGUGCAGACUAACAACAGUGCAGUA